CCCUCGUCGCCGCCCCCCUCUCGUCCGGCGACUCGCUCGAGACGGCCCCGUCGUCCAAAGCACCAUGGCAGCAGAAGGCCAGGACAUCGACCUCGACUCGAUCAUCGACCGCCUCCUCGAAGUUCGAGGCAACCGCCCCGGCAAGCAGGUCCAGCUCCAGGAGUACGAGAUCAAGUUCCUGUGCACCAAGGCGCGCGAGAUCUUCAUCAACCAACCCAUCCUCCUCGAGCUCGAGGCGCCCAUCAAGAUCUGCGGCGACAUCCACGGCCAGUACUACGACCUCCUGCGCCUGUUCGAGUACGGCGGCUUCCCGCCCGAAGCCAACUACCUGUUCCUCGGCGACUACGUCGACCGGGGCAAGCAGUCGCUCGAGACCAUCUGCCUCCUCCUCGCGUACAAGAUCAAGUACCCGGAGAACUUCUUCAUCCUGCGCGGCAACCACGAGUGCGCGUCCAUCAACCGCAUCUACGGCUUCUACGACGAGUGCAAGCGGCGGUACAACAUCAAGCUGUGGAAGACGUUCACCGACUGCUUCAACUGCCUGCCGAUCGCCGCCAUCAUCGACGAGAAGAUCUUCACCAUGCACGGCGGCCUGAGCCCCGACUUGCAGAGCAUGGAGCAGAUCAGGAGGGUCAUGCGGCCAACCGACGUUCCCGACACGGGCCUUCUCUGCGACCUCCUGUGGUCCGACCCGGACAAGGACAUCACGGGCUGGAGCGAGAAUGACCGCGGCGUGUCGUUCACCUUUGGGCCAGACGUCGUCUCGAGGUUCCUCCAGAAGCACGACAUGGACCUCAUCUGCCGUGCGCACCAGGUCGUCGAGGACGGCUACGAGUUCUUCGCCAAGCGCCAGCUCGUCACGCUCUUCUCGGCACCGAAUUACUGCGGCGAGUUCGACAACGCGGGCGCGAUGAUGAGCGUGGACGAGACGCUCUUGUGCUCUUUCCAGAUCCUCAAGCCGGCCGAGAAGAAGAAGACGUUCGCGUACGGCGGCGCGGGUCAGGGCCGGCCGGUCACGCCGCCUCGCAAGGCCAAGGGCGGCAAGAAGUAGAGCCCCCCAUCGACACCCUCGCCCUCGCCUCGCACCUCUACGCCUUCCUCGACCCACCCUAUCGCCCUCUCCCUCUUCUCGCCUUUCUCUCGGCACGAUCACGACCUCGGACGACGCGCUGUACCCUCCCCUUCUCCCCUCUUCACCCUUUUCACCCUUCCAUCUCGACCGUCAUGCGCUCGCCGGCCAACGGCUUCACUCUCCGAUGUGCCCGAGCGACGACGCGACCUCACGUCGAGUGCCGACAAUGGCGCAGGCGGACGCUCGAGGCCGUUCCCCUCCCGCUCAGUGCCCCUCCUCCUUCCUCCUCUCCAGUUCCAGCAUCCGCUCCCCUUUAGUUAGCUGUUCCCCAUCCCCUUUUAGCCGUCCGUCUUGCUCUCUCCCCUCCUCGCUCGAUAUCCCGCUCCCCCCUCUCCCCUCCUCGUCGCCUUUUCGCCUUCUCGCUCGCGCCCCGACCUCCUCUUUUUCUCCCUCUCCCUCUCUGCGUCGUCCAAAAGUCCCUCCCGUUUCCGGUGUAUUCCUACCUCGCGCUUCCC